UUUUUUAACAAAAUCCAAAUAAUCAAUCUGAUGAUGAUGAUGAUGAUUCGAUAUAAUAAUCGAUUAAAAUUAUAUUUUUUAAAUACUUUUCAACAAUUUCGUACAUUAUUAUCAUCAUCAUAUUCAUGUGAUAAUGAAUGGUCAAAACGUUUUGAACAAGAUGAAACAUUGAAACAUAUUUCUACGGAACGAUACUUUUUUGAAUUGAAUCAAAAAUAUCAACAAAAGAAACCGGUUACAGCAAUCGAUGUAGAUAUUUUUAUCAAUUCACUUCAUCGGCCAGAAUCACAAAUGGAAUUGGAACAUAUUUUACGGCGAUUUCGUCAAACACCUAAAACAGUUGAUACACUUGAAUCUACACAUCAUGCUACCUGUAGAUUUUAUCUUGCACAACAAAAACGAUCCGAAUUGAUGCACAUUCUUAAUAAUCGUAUUGAAUAUGGUAUUUUUCCGGAUCAUUUUAUCAAUAAUAUUUUUUUGGAUCAAUCCAUACGUGCCGAAGAAUGGUUUGAAGCAUUCGAUGUUAUAAAAUUAAUGAUGUUACAAGAAGAUUCGGGUAAUGAUAUUACGAAAACAUUAUCAUUAUUCGUUCUGAAUCGAUUGUUGAUCGAUAAUCAAUAUGGUUCACUUGUACCAAUCGAUCAAGAAGAUUCAUCUACUGAUAAAAAAGAUGAUGAUGAUGACGAUGAAAUCGAAUAUAUUCGUGUUCCAUUUUUAACAAAUCCAUAUUUCGAUGAUCAUUUUGAUCUUACAAAUCGUAAUCACAUAUUUGGUAAAUGUCUUUAUUUUUUCGGAAGAGAAUUGGAAAAAUCAUUAUCAACUGAAUCGAAUGAAGAAUUAAAAUUGGCCCAUACAUCAAUGGUAAUCGGUCUAAUUUAUUACCAAAAAUGGGAACGUUUAUUACGAUUAUUCGAUCGUAUUGGAAAAUCAUUAACUAUUACAGCUGAACCGAUAAAAGUUAUUGAUAAACAUUUAGAAUUAUUUAAAGUUACAGAACUUGAAACGAUAAAAUCUCGUCUCAAUGAAUUGACUAAAAUUGAUCAAACAUCUUCGAUAACAAUGUCAACAUUGAUUGAUAAACGAAUUGAAGAUUUACCGAAAUUAGAAUCAUCCGAUAUUGCUAAUCAACAAGAAUUGUUUGAUCAAUUUCAAACAAAUCGUCGUAAAGUUUUGGAUGAACAAAUGGAACGUUUAUUACGUGAACGUCGACGACAAGAAAUCGAACAAAAACAACAAGAAUUUGAAGAGAAAAAACGUUUAUAUUAUUUUUUUGAAAAUUUUCCCAAACAUGAAAUUGAUUUUACAGAAGCCGAAAAACGUAUUGCUGAAAUUCGUUCAAAAACAGUGGUUGAAGAGGAUUAUGUACCACCGGAACGAUAUUAAUCUAAUUUGAAUUUUGAAAAAAAAACUUUGUAUAGAAUAAUUUUUAAUAAUAAUUAAUUAUAAAAAAUUUCGAAGAUAA